AGACUUAGUUAGUUGCCCUUAUAAAAAAGGAGUAACACGAUACAAUUAAUACUUUUACAGAAUAGACUACACAUAUAAUUCUUUGGCCAGGUAUCGAAACCAGGAUCUCUGAGAUAAAUGCCGUGAUCAUAAACCACUUAGCUCCGUCGCGGUAUUUAAUAUAAGAGAUUCUUUUAAAACUUACAAAUUAACGGCUAGGAGCUGUUAAUUAACUGGAAAAGUUUUGCCGUUUGCGUAAUGCAAAGUCCUAAAAAUACAAAUCUAUCAACUUGCAAAUUUACGUGCCAGGAAAUUGUAUUAAUGUAUUUUGCGCCAUGGUAUCGUUGUUUAUCUAUAUAAGGAUUAUUUAACAAACACAUCUGAAAGUUUCAACACUAAUUAUUUCAUUCAUCAUUAAAAAUGGUAAACUGGAAGCUUAUUGGUGCUUUGGCUUUACCAAAUGUUGGUGGGUGGUUAAGUGCCCUUACAAUGGCUGGUCAAGUUCGCAGCCCUACAGGCAAAGCAUGGUAUGACCAUUUGAAGAAACCUUCUUGGAAUCCACCAAAAUGGGUGUUUGGUCCAGCAUGGACAGUUCUGUACACAGGCAUGGGAUAUGCUUCAUAUUUGGUUUAUGAAGACUGUGGAGGAUUUACAGAUGAUGCUUUAGUACCACUCAGCCUGUUUGGUGCACAGUUAUUAUUUAAUUGGACAUGGUCACCAGUGUUCUUCAAAUAUCAUAAAAUUGGAUUGGCUUUCCUCCACAUGAUAGCUCUAGAUGUAGCUGCAGGUGCUUGUACAAUCAGCUUCUUCAAUGUUAACAAAAAAACAUUGUACUUUAUGGCACCAUAUCUUUGCUGGCUCGCCUUUGCAUCAUGCCUUAACUACACAAUAUGGAAAUUGAAUGAGAAUGUUCCUAAAAUCCCCAAUAAAGAUAACUAGAGCUAAUGUGUAACAUAAAUAGCCAGUUGCACAAAUAUUAUUAAAAAUAUUUACUAAAAUACCAACCAGUUAUCAAAAUUCUUAAUAAUAAAAUAAUUUUUGAAACACAUUUUAUAUAUUGACUACUAUUAAGAAACUAUAUUUACACAUUGUUAUUAUAUUUUUGUUGUAAGUGCAAAUUAUUUUAAUAAAAUAUGUAUUUACUUUGA